AUGGCAUCACAAGCCCAUACUUUUGAGCAGACGGAUCCAACCCCAGCACAAGCCUCAGAACAUCAUUCUCGAGAUCAUCCUGAGGCACACCAGCCGUUGCCGCCUGGGCCGUUAAUAGCAGCAGGAACACAUCAGCAAAUUGAGGUCGAUCGUUUCGAUGAUGUUGAUUCCGCAUACGGAGAAUCCAUAGCAAGCGAUUUGACCUCCUUGGCCUCAAGCGUUGCUCGAGGCGUCUGGGAAAAUGGUCGACGGUACCACUCCUACGGCCAAUCCCAGUAUGCAUUCCCAAAUGACGAAGCCGAAGCCGAGAGAUUGGACAUGCAACACGCCAUGCAGACUCAUUUAUUGGGAGACAGACUUUUCUGGGCACCGAUCAGCCCCAAUCCCGACAAAGUCUUAGAUCUGGGAACCGGCACAGGCAUCUGGGCUAUCGACUUCGCCGAUAUCUUUCCUUCCGCGGAAGUUAUUGGAACCGAUUUGAGCGCGAUUCAGCCCGACUGGGUUCCUCCCAAUUGCCGAUUUGAGAUCGAUGAUGCAGAGACCGAGUGGACUUGGAGAGAGGAGUCUUUCGAUUACAUUCAUAAUCGCAAUUUUGUUUGCGCAAUUCGAGACUGGCCCAAACUCAUUCGUCAAACCUAUCGACAUGUCAAACCGGGUGGUUGGGUAGAAUGGCAUGAAAAGCAUCCGUACUUACUCAGUGACGAUGGUUCCCUACCGGAAGACUCGGCACUUUCUCAAUGGGGAAAGAAAUUUUUCGAGGCCAGUAAGACGUUUGGCGCAGACGCUCGUUCACCCACCCAAUUGAAGCAAUGGAUGAAAGGGGCCGGCUUUGUCGAUGUGGAAGAGCACAUUCUCAAACUUCCCGUCGGACCCUGGCCACGAGAUCCUCGACUGAAAGCAGUCGGACGUUUUGAGAGUGUCAACAUGACCGAAGGUAUCCAAGGCCUCACCAUCAUGCUGUUCACUCGUUGCUUGCAAUGGACUCCGGCCCAGGUGGAGUUGUUCCUUAUGGACGUACGAAAAGAUGUCAAGAACCCACACAUUCACAGCUACUAUCAUUUGUAA